UCCCACUGCGUCUGCCUUUGUUCGCAUCCCAACAAACCCCGAACAGAUGGUGCUCUGCUUGGGCAGGAAUGACAGGCACCAGCUCGCAGCCAAUCGCCUGGGUAGGAAUCAGCUGACUCGUCUGGACAGCACCAGGUGCUGUCAUCAUAUUUUCCAGGCUUGAGUAGUGAGGAGAGUGUACUGGUUACUAGUCAGCGGAUUGCAGGGUUGCACAGCACGGGGAGGAUAUCUCUUCAGACACAGACCCACCAUGCCCUCUCUGAAGGGUACCGUCGCGGAGUGAAUCAGAAAAGAGAGCAUGGUUUUGUCUGUCGGUGUUGCUUAAAUGACGUGGAGCCCGAGUAACAUGUGAAUUAAACAACUGCAUAUUGCGUUUGUUUAUAAGUUUAUCACCGUUUUAGUUUAGCGGGGCAAAGGUGCCCACGCGAAAUACCCUGGGGAACACAAAUGCUAUUGCGAGGUGGAGGCUAAAAGCCGACGAGGUCCAUCUUGAUGUCUAGGGAUUCAGCUGUGAAAAGGAUUAUAUCUGUUAUGAGGACCUUUGAACUAUACCUCUAACAUUGUGCUCUUCGCAAGGCCUGCAACACUUGUACUGGAAUAAUAUUACAACAUAACAACGGUCCUUGUGGAUGAAGAUUUUACCCAUAAAUACAACAGCUCUGGCACAGCUCUUGGACACCCGUCAACCUCACAUUUGAGCUGAUAAAAAAAAUAAAAACAGAAUGGCUAGAGAGACUUUCAACCUUUGUGGGCUGGGCUGGGUAGGCUGCGUGUUACUGCUUGCGCAGUUCGGACCGUCCUCUGUUCAGGGCAGUGAGUGUCCUCAGCUGUGCGUGUGCGAGAUUCGCCCUUGGUUCACCCCUCAGUCCACCUACCGAGAAGCCAUCACCGUCGACUGCAAUGACCUUCGUCUGACUCGGAUUCCUGGCAACCUGUCCAGCGACACACAGGUGCUCCUGCUGCAGAGCAACUACAUAUCCAGAACCAGCGAGGAACUGGAGCAGCUUUACAAUCUGACCGAACUGGACCUUUCCCAGAACAACUUCAGCAACAUCCGGGACGUGGGCCUCACCAACAUGUCCCAGCUCACCACUCUUCACCUGGAGGAGAACCAGAUCGUGGAGAUGCCCGAUUUCUGCCUACAGGAUCUGACCAAUCUGCAAGAGCUGUACAUCAACCACAACCAGAUUACCACCAUCUCACCCAAUGCUUUCUCGGGAUUGCACAACCUGCUUAGGCUCCAUCUCAACUCCAAUAAACUCAAGGCCAUUGACAAUCGCUGGUUUGAGUCGACACCCAACCUUGAAAUCCUGAUGAUUGGAGAGAAUCCAGUGGUUGGCAUCCAAAAUAUGAAUUUUAAGCCCCUUGUUAAUUUACGGAGCUUGGUGCUUGCAGGGAUGGAUUUGACAGACGUUCCUGGAAAUGCCUUUAUUGGACUGGUAAACUUGGAAAGUCUUUCUUUUUAUGACAACAAACUUGUCAGGGUACCACAAAAUGCUCUUCAGAAACUCCCCAAUUUGAAGUUUUUGGAUUUAAAUAAAAAUCCCAUCCACAAAAUCCAAGAAGGGGAUUUCAAGAACAUGCUAAGGCUGAAAGAGCUUGGUAUUAACAACAUGGCUGAGCUGGCUGCCAUCGAUCGCUACGCAUUGGAUAAUCUCCCAGAGCUGACCAAACUCGAGGCCACCAACAAUCCAAAAUUCUCCUACGUGAACCGUCAAGCAUUCCGUGACGUCGCUUCACUGGAAAGCCUCAUGCUGAACAACAACGCUCUUAACUCCCUCUAUCAGGCGACUGUGGAGUCCCUUCCUAACCUGCGUGAGAUCAGCAUCCACAGCAACCCCCUGCGAUGCGACUGCGUCAUUCAGUGGAUGACCUCCAACAAGACCAGCAUCCGCUUCAUGGAGCCACUCUCCAUGUUUUGCGCCAUGCCUCCGGAGUUCCGAGGUCAGCACGUCAGGGAGGUUUUGAUUCAUGACUCCCCGGAGCAGUGCCUGCCCAUGAUAUCCCACGACGCCUUCCCUGAUCACCUCAACUUGGACAUCGGCAUGACUGUGGAUCUUGACUGUCGUGCCAUGGCUGAACCCGAGCCAGAGGUCUACUGGGUCACGCCGCUGGGCAGCAAAGUUAUGAUGGACACUGUGUCCGAUAAGUACCACCUAAAUAACCAGGGGACCUUGCGCAUUUCCAACAUCAAAGUUGAGGACUCUGGCCGGUACACUUGUGUGGCCCAGAACGUGGAAGGGGCAGACACACAAGUGACUGCUCUCCGUGUCAACGGCACUCUCAUGGACAGCACACAGCUCAUGAAGAUCUAUGUCAAACACACAGAGUCCCAUUCCAUCCUGGUGUCCUGGAAGGUCAAUUCAAACGUCAUGACAUCGAACCUCAAGUGGUCUUCUGCCACCAUGAAAAUAGACAACCCCCACAUCACCUACACUGCCAAGGUCCCCGUGGACGUGCACGAGUACAACCUCACUCAUCUGCAGCCGGCCACAGAGUACGAAGUUUGUCUGUCUGUCUCCAACAUCCACCAGCAGACACAGAAGUCCUGCGUUAAUGUCACAACGAAGCAUGCUACGUUUGCAGUGGAGAUCUCAGAUCAGGGCACCAACACAGCUCUUGCGGCAGUCAUGGGCACCAUGUUUGCCAUCAUCAGCUUGGCCUCCAUUGCUGUAUAUAUUAGCAAGAGAUGGAAGAGGAAGAACUACCACCACUCUCUGAAAAAAUACAUGCAGAAGACAUCUUCAAUCCCCCUGAACGAGUUGUACCCUCCUCUAAUCAACCUGUGGGAUGCCGACUAUGAGAAAGACAAGGAUGGAUCUUCAGAGAACAAGUCCACCCAGGUUGACACAACAAGAAGUUAUUACAUGUGGUGAAAGCAGGGAAAAAAAAGUUUUUGAGCACAGACACAUUUUAGGCUAUUUUGUGCGAAAAACAAAAGUGGAUUUGCUUCUUAGUGCUUUGCUUUUUGCGGGCAAAAAAGACUGAACAGACUUUUUAAGUACAGCGUAUUGCCUUUUUUCUUUCUCCCAUCCUCUUGACUCUUAAUAUGGCAGCUUUGGUUAGCUUCCAUGUUAGUUGCUGUGCUCUUUUGGUUGUUUCUCUCAGUUUGUAUAGCACAGCAUAGUUAAUGUAAAGCAAUGACUUUGGAUCGUUUAGUGCAGUAGCAGUAAAUUUGAUCCAAUAGGCAUUUUGUCUUUGGAGAUAUUGAUAAAGAAUGCAAUGUUUCUUUCUCUCUUUUGUAAAACAGUUAAACUGUUGUGCACUGAACUAUAUAAACAAUUUGUCUAUGGACUCCAAUGUAAGCUGACAAAGUGAAUUUAGACUUGAUACACCGUCUAUUGAAUAAUGUUAGCAAUUGUUCUGUAAUGUUGUAUCAACUAUAAUUUGAACUAUUUUGGGCUUAAUCAAAACCAGUGUUUUUUUUAUUUAGGAGUUAUAUUUGAGGGUUAAAUUACUGUAAACAAGCAAUAGAAACAUGAAUGUUUAAAUUAGGUUAAGUGCUGUAGAUGACAAUGCUUUUUUAAUUACUCAGAUAAUUCUUUUUUUUGCUAGAAACUGUCAAUUACCACUUAGUUUUGUUGUGAUUUACACACGCAAAAUAUGUUGUAUAUUAAGGCGCAAACUGAAAUAAAACAAGUUUGUUCUCAUA